ACAAGCUUCUAAUCCUCUAAGGAUAGAAAUAUUAUAUUCGCAUCCCUUUAAAAUUAGAAUAAACUUAGAUUUAAUUAUGAACUAGAUCCACAUUUUCCCGUACAGGUUUGCAGUAUUCAUUCAUUUGUAUUUGUUUACAUAUUAGCUCGACAUAGUUUUGAAAUAUCUAUGUGCCUAUACCUACACAUAUUAGUCUGGAAAUAAGCCUAUCACAUGCUUACAUGUGUUUCUUUAAAAAAAUGUGCAGAGACAUUAAUUAUUGCUAUUCUAUCUUUUCUAUUCUAUAUCCGAGAAUGCAAACAAAACAACAGUAAGACGGAACAUUUCGCCUCGAUGGCACAAUGCAAGACAAAAAAAUAACACUUGGCUUGUGUAACACACUCAGGUAAGUAUGUCCCACGUGUCAGAAAUGUGGCUUUCAGCGUCUACGCAUUUUGUUUCGGUUUAUUUAGAAUUUCAUUUCUGUUUUACGGUCACGUUAGAGACGUUUGUGCAAGCACAUGGAAGCAUUUGACCUCAUUUUCAAAAAGGAUUUGGCGCUUGCUACUCAAAGCGAGCUGGUUCAAAAUCUCACAUUCGAAAUGAAUAUAUCCACAUUGAAUUGUUCCUGUUUUGUCGUUCCUUUUUAUGAUUUCUGGUGAAUGUUUGAUAAUUCCAGUUAACAUGAAGAGAAGUCCUAAUUCACAAUUAGCAGGUCAAAAAUCAAGGUCACGAUUAGCUGGUUUUACUUCUUAAAACAGCUGCCGUAAAAUGCACUUUGGAACAAACAUCAAGCUGCGUGUGUAUCUGUUUUAAAAAAGUAUUCGAAACUGUAGCAACAUAAGUAAGUUUAAAAAAACAAAACUAAAAGAAAACACUGUAAUAUUUCCAGUCUGGGUGAACAUUUGUAUAAGUUAGAUAACUAAUAAGAGCUUACCUUGCUAAAUCUAUGGCAACAAGGAGUCAAAUUGUUAAGAAAAAAACAAACCUAAAGAAGAAGAUAUGACACAAAAUACACCUUGUUUUUGGGCCAACCCACCAUGGCUCCAAGUCCACAUCACAUGUGCCCGGGUGGUAAAGAAAUCACUCGAUUUUCUCUGUCUAACAUCUAAGUCCAGCAAACUUAUUUUCCCCUUAAAAUCCACGCAGCCACUGUGUUAAAAGUCCCCAGGCCACUGCAGUCGUCCUUUGUUCUUCCUGGUGUGGGCCUGCUGCCCUGACCGGCACACCGACGCUAGGUGGCGUUCUUGCUCCAUCAAAAACCUCUCCGCUCUUCCAACUUGACCGCGCUGACGUCACGCUAGUCUGGAGCAUCAAGGCCACUUCCACGCCGCUAUUGGUCUGAAACUCACAUGACAUGUCUCCGAGCAUCCAUAAUUAUGUUACAGAUAUUUUUGCACCCCCCUCCAAAAGAUGUCAGCAUCCUACUGUCCUUAUUUCUUCUGGAGAAAUCCCGUAGUUCAGAGCAGUGGAACGCAUUAAGCCAUUGCCGUGUUGCCCAAUGCAAAUAUGUCAUGUCCGAAUAACAUAGCGCCCGGUAACUUCCUCAUGGAUUCUUUAAUGGGAGGAUCAUCUUCUUUCAGGGGUGAGGGUUAUUCCGGCAACCCGGGGAUAUACAUCCACUCUGCAGCAGAAUACGGAUAUUCAGUGAUGAGAAACAUUGGGAAGGUUGGACCGGCCCCAAUCUCCAAAAGAGACGAGGCAGCUCCGGGCGGUCUCUCUCUCGGCGGCUUCCAGGAUGCGCCGUACCUGUCAACACAGCUGGCUCCGUGGACCCCCGGCUCCAAAAGCAGCAGGGACGAACAACCUGUUGCCCAGUGUUUACAACCCUGCUCGUUUCCAUCGGGCAGCGUCAAAGAGGAGGCGUUUUGUUGCCUCUAUCAGGAUGACAGCAAUAAGGGGAAGCAGACAACAGAGUCAGCCACUUACAUCCGGCUGGGAGACAAUAGCUGCCGCCCCGAGCAAACUGCCGCCCAGUCCGGCGGCUGCUUCCAGGUGUACAACGGGGAGAGGCCGCAGCGGGACGAGCAGCAGUUCCCCUCGGGCUUCUCUCUGACCCACUUGGCGACAUCCCUUGAGUCAGCCGCAGGAUCGACCAAAAACUGCGGCAAAUCUGCGCAGGAGACAGCGAGAGAAGUUUCUAAAUCAGAUGAGAGUCAGAGCAGGAAGGAGGAGAAGGCCAAGAGUGACAGCUGUUCAGAUAACUCGGACGGGGAAUUAAAAGAUGAUUUAUCUGCGGAAAAGACAACGGGGAGCUGGUUAAAAGCCAAAACUGGAAGGAAGAAGCGGUGUCCCUAUACAAAGCACCAGACGCUCGAGCUAGAGAAGGAGUUCUUGUUCAACAUGUAUCUGUCUCGGGAGCGCCGCCUGGAGAUCAGCCGGAGUAUCAACCUGACCGACAGACAGGUCAAGAUCUGGUUCCAAAACAGACGCAUGAAGCUCAAGAAGCUCAACAGGGAGAGCCGAGAAAGGGAGCAGAGUGCAGUUUACAACUACUCCUGAAGACAUUUUUAGGCACAGACACACAUACACACUCACACACAC